UUUGAACAUGAGCAUUGUUGGGUCAUCCUUCGAAAUUGCCCAAAGUGGUAUUGUGACCCUCAAUUGGUUGUCGGUCCAAUUCCACCUAUGGGUCAAGGUUCUCAAGGUUCUCCCAUAGGUAUUGGUUCUCAAUCCUCCCCUGUGGAAGGCCUCGACGACAUACCAGACGAGGGAGCUACGCCUUUCGUGCUGUCUCGCCCUGAAGGACGCGACAAACAAAAGGCAGUAAAAAAGAAAGGUAAGGUAGUUGCAGAGUCGUCAGACAUGUACACUACUCAACUGCUAGAGUUUGGUAAUGAUAUGAGAGAGAGGCAAAAGUCGAGGAUGGAGUACGAAAAUAGAAAAAUUAAUCUUCAAGAGAGGAGACUAGAGAGGGAAGCCGAGGAAUGGGCAUACAAGAGGCAAGUGAGGGUGCAGGAAGCGGAACAAUGGGCUCUUGAGAAGAAAGAGAGAGAGGCCGCAAUACUUCAACAAAAUAUGAAUAUUCUGGAGAAGGAUUUGUCAAAGAUGACACCAAGAAAGAAGAAAUUUUGGAGGAGUAAACAAAAUGACAUCUAUGGGUACGAUCAAGAUGAUCCCAACUCUAAUCCAGGAGAUGGCGGAGAUGGAGAUGCAAGUGGUGGAGGAGAUGGAGAUGAAAGUGGAGGUGAUUACUUUCCUGUUAUGGAUUAUGAUUAGAAGAAGGUCCUAUGCGUACUAAUUGAGGCUUUUAUUGCUUUAUGUGGUGUGUUGUGUGUUGUAUUUGAACUUUGAGCAUUUUCAUGUGUAAUAAAAAAAACUAGUCGUU